AUUCUCGAACACACGGACGCUCCUUUUCUUUCCUAUCCUCUCCCUCUCUCCGAAACUUCUAGAAACGACAGGAACCUACUGUAUCCCUCUUUCUUCUGCUGCAUCCGCUUCCGACCGUGUUUCUGCUUUUCCCUCCGGUGGGCUAGAAAAUCUGAAUAACUCAACCCAAUCCAUCUCUAUCAGAUAGAUCAAGGCUAAUAACAAGAGAAACCAGGGUUAGCUAAGGAUAGCUACACCGCACAAGGCUCUAGGCUAGAGAUGUACUUUAAUUGAUGAGCCUCUAGCCUUCCUCCUUGGUUGAUAUCGCUUUCACAGUAUAUGUAUUUUAAUUGAUGAAGCAAACUGUUGCGGUAAGGCAUCAAAUUAGAACAGUUAGGACAAAUAGUUUUGUUUAGAAGCCGCUUUAUGAAACUCUGAGGCAGACAAACGUGAUUAGGCAGCUAGGUCGACUUCCAGAUCUGGUAGCAAAGUUCAUGGCGCCAAUACCGGCGGAGCAAACCGGUGAAUCAGCGCCCGCAGAUUCGCAGAGAUCCAUUCCGACGCCAUUUCUGACGAAAACGUACCAGCUCGUGGACGAUUCCUCUGCAGAUGACCUAAUUUCCUGGAACGAAGAUGGCACGAGCUUCAUCGUUUGGCGACCCGCUGAAUUCGCUCGAGAUUUGCUUCCUAAGUACUUCAAACACAACAACUUCUCCAGUUUCGUCCGCCAGCUUAACACCUAUGGAUUUCGGAAGGUUGUCCCUGACCGCUGGGAAUUUGCUAACGACUGUUUCCGGCGAGGUGAGAAAGGUCUACUUCGGGACAUACAGCGCCGGAAAAUAUUGCCGGCGGCGGCGACACCGGCAACAACAGCAGCGACAGCUAAUACGGUAACGGUGGCUGUGGCCGCGCCGGCGGCGCCGGCGGUGUCCCCGACGACUUCCGGCGACGAACAGGUACUAUCCUCGAACUCAUCUCCGAUUGCUGCGCAUAAUAGUAAUACAGUGCACCGCACCACAAGUUGCACCACUGCGCCCGAGCUGUUAGAAGAGAAUGAAAGGCUUAGGAAAGAGAACGUGCAACUGAGUCACGAGUUGAGUCAGUUGAAGGGUCUGUGUAAUAACAUACUCGCCUUGAUGACCAACUAUGCUUCUACUUUUAGUCGCCAGCAGUUAGAAUCGUCCACUAGUGCGGUAAGGGCUAUGCCUGUGCCUGAAGGGAAAGCGCUGGAGCUUUUGCCUGCAAAGCAUGUUUCUGUAGCAGAGGAAGCGGUACAUGUGGGAGGCGCUGCCGGUGCCGCACCCUGUGCGACUGCGAAUGCGGAGGUUCCCAAGCUUUUUGGGGUCUCAAUUGGGCUGAAACGAUGUAGGACAGAGAGCGAGGCCGAAGCUGAGGAAGAAGAACAGAAUCAAACGCAAACACGAUCACAAACACAGACACAAUCAUCACAAGAACCUGAUCCCGGGUCAGAUGUGAAAUCUGAACCGCUUGAUGGUGAUGACUCGGAUGAUCAGGACCAUCGUUGGCUGGAGCUUGGGAAAUAAUGCUCCUUAUACUAAUUUGAUGAAAUGGCAAAAGCACGUGACUUGGGCGAGCACACCGCUAUGCUAUAUACAUUACAGUUGCGAUGCACUGUUGGGCACUAGACACUACCAUUGGGCCGUCACGUGACUUGGAAAUUCCAUGUUGCUGUAUGUAACGUUGCAGAGUGAGUGGAAGGGGCGUUGUGUAAGAUUAUAUAUACAUUUCUUGAGCGCCAAAAGUUGUAUAAGAAAAUAAAUCUUGGUUGCUGUGGGUAAAGACUUGAAAGAUUAUCAACACGUCAAUGUGUACUAACUGAAGCAAGGGAAGGGCGGCCUCCUAAAAAGAUUCACAUUUCGUUUAUUGGUUGGAAGGUUUGUGCCUUUGUGGGCUACAGCAAAAUAUGUACAUACUUGUAUCUGACAUAAAUUAUUUCGAAUUUGCUUAAUGUAUUGUAAUGUUUCCAUCCAUCCUUAUGACCAAUUUUGUUCCUAAGCUUCAUAAUUAUAGUAUGCUUUUUC